CCGGGAGUCACGUGACGUAAACAUUAAACAUGGCGGCUCACUAUGAGUGGUAUUGUUUGAAGCCAUUCAAGUGCGCUGUUUAACUUGAGCCAAACUUCUAUCCCGAUUGGAAUUAAAAUCGCCUGUACUAUUGGAACAGAGGCUCAAAUGAGCUUUGUGGCCACGUGUUUUAGUUAGCAUGUAGCUUAGCUGAUACCUGUUACAUGAUAGCUGUUGCAUGUUUCUUCUCUCGAGCUGGACUUAAAACAUGUCUUUUGGUGAUUAGCAGGAUGUCAGCCGUUGAAAAGAAAACUCAAGUCCAGCAGCCACGAUGAAGACGGUGUGAGUUCCAUGAUCUCCAUGGACAGCCGGACACAGGAAGCAGUGGAUGAGGGAGAGCGGAGUGUCAUCAGGCCUCCCUCGGGGGAUGCUCUGGACCGAGACGCCUCCCCGCCUGUCUUUCUCUACGUGCUGGCGUUCUUCUCUGCCCUGGGGGGAUUUCUCUUCGGAUAUGACACCGGGGUGGUGUCCGGGGCCAUGCUGCUCCUGAAGAAGGAGAUGAACCUGAGCGCCCUGUGGCAGGAGCUGCUGGUCUCCAGCACCGUGGGGGCCGCGGCCCUCUCGGCCCUGGGUGGAGGCUACUUGAACGGGUGGCUGGGGCGCAGGGCCUGCAUCCUGUUGGCCAGCUUGGUCUUCAGCAUCGGAGGCGUCAUCAUGAGCCUGGCCCCGGACAAGGUGGUGCUGCUCGUGGGAAGGGUCACGGUCGGUUUGGGCAUAGGCAUUGCCUCCAUGACGGUUCCUGUCUACAUCGCCGAAGUGUCCCCCCCUCACAGGAGAGGUCAGCUGGUCACCAUCAACUCGCUCUUCAUCACCGGCGGGCAGUUCGUCGCGAGCGUGGUCGACGGCGCCUUCAGCUACGUGAGCCGCGGCGGCUGGAGGUUCAUGCUGGGCUUGUCUGUUAUCCCGGCAGUGCUGCAGUUCGUCGGCUUCCUCUUCCUGCCCGAGAGCCCCCGUUGGCUCCUCCAAAAGGGUCGGAGCCAACAGGCCCGCCGAGCUCUCAGCCGGAUCCGAGGAGGCCGGAGCAUUGACGAGGAGUACGACACUAUCCGAACCAGCAUCGAGGAGGAGGGGAAGGAGGCGGGCGGAGGAGGCCAUGUUAUUUUGCAGAUCUUUGGCCACGGUCCGACUCGAAGGGCCCUCGUCGUCGGCUGCGGCCUCCAGAUGUUCCAGCAGCUGGCUGGGAUCAACACCGUCAUGUACUACAGUGCGACCAUUCUGCAGAUGGCCGGGGUGCAGGAUGUGAAGCAGGCAAUCUGGUUGUCCGCGGCGACUUCUGCCACCAACUUUGUGUUCACGCUGGUCGGUGUGUGGCUGGUGGAGCGAGUGGGCCGCAGGAAGCUGACCCUGGGCAGUCUGUUGGGCACCGGUCUGAGUCUGUCUGUCCUGGCGGUCGGGUUUUGGCUUUCCGCCCGGUAUUCUCCGCCCGCCACCCUCCACCCGGUCGACGCUCAAAACUCCACCUGCCGGCUCUACGGGUCCUGUGAGCUCUGCAUGUUGGAUCCAGAUUGUGGAUUUUGUUAUCGAGAAAACGGCAGCGCCGUGUUUGACUCCUCCUGCGUUCCCGUGGGUCAGGCCUCUACGGAUCACGCCGCCUGGGGGAGGUGUUCCAACCAGACGGAGGCGACGGGCAGCCCCACCUGGGCCUACAACUACUGCCCCACGUCCUACUCCUGGGUGGUCCUCACGGGCCUCCUCCUCUACCUCGGCUUCUUUGCGCCUGGGAUGGGCACCAUGCCCUGGACGGUGAACUCUGAGAUCUACCCGCUGUGGGCCCGCAGCACCGGCAACGCCUGUUCAGCCGGGGUCAAUUGGACCUGCAACGUGCUGGUGUCGCUGACCUUCCUCCACAUCGCUCAGUACCUGACAUACUACGGGGCCUUCCUCAUGUACGCGGGCCUGGUGGCGUUGGGGCUCCUCUUCGUCUACGGCUGCCUCCCAGAGACCCAGGGCCUGCAACUCGAGGACGUGGAGAGCCUGUUCACCGGUCAGCUCUGCUCCUGUGGGGCCUCCUCGUCCACUCGCCACGUCCAGUACAGCCGGUUGAACGGGAGCAACCCCCCCCCCUCGGAUGACGACGACGACGCUGCCACGGAGACAGAUUAGAGGUUUUCUUUGGAUUUUAAUGGCUUUAAGUGGCAUUUUUAGAUUUUAUAUUUCCAGUAUAGAGCUCUUUGCACCACUUCCAGGCCGGGCAGCAGUCUCUUCGUGAGCGACUUUCUGACUUCAACGUGUAUCAACCAGCAGGAAUGUGUUUGUACUGUGGCCUCGCUGACUUUGUGAGGAACACUUUGAUGUCUGCCUCAUCUGUACGUCGCGUACAACUCUUCCAAAAGACAUUCCUGUUGGAUACCAUGGGUUUAAUCUUUUAACAUGUCUGAUAUUGUUGCUAUUGUUUACACAGUGGGAGAGAUUGCACUUUAAAAGACUAAAAUGUGUCCCUUUUCUGAGUUAACGUCAACACAUCUUUUAAAAAAAAAAAAGUUUUUACUUGUUAGAACGUGUUACAGAAAUAUACGCUAAUGAAAUGAACAUGCGCUAAUGAAAAUUAAUAUGCCUUUUCUUAAUGUUAAUCUCUGUUUAUGCAGCUCAGGUAAUGGGACCAAGUCACCAUGACACAGACUCUUUGAUUAAUGCACACUUUAAUUUCAAAGACUGACAGAUCCUUAUUCAAAGCUCUUUGGUACAUUUUUGUUAAAAGUGCAGGCAUGAACUUGCUAUUUCUCUGAUGUUUUAUUUGUUUCUUUUUUUUAAUGCCACUAAGAACUAGUCGUGCUUUUGACAUACUGACAUCUGGGGAACUGAUUCUGAUGGGGAAAUAUUUUGUUGUAAUAUGGGAACAAACAAAAAGGCCAAUAUUUAUCCUUCUUAUGUCAUUUGUUAUGAUAGCAGUGUGAUCACUUGAUUACUACUGAGCUGUUACCAAAAAGGGCUGAAAGUAUUGCUGAUUGUAUUAACUUCUUAGAACAGGUGGAAAGCAGUAAUUUAUUUGAGAAGCAAAAUCAAUAAAUCCAUUAAGUUGAUGCUGAUUUCCAUUUUGUAUUUCAGAAAUUCUCAAUAUCUGUAAAGUUACAUUCCACAUCUGAUUAUAUUUCUGUUUAUCAAUGUGCUCUUUGGGAAAUAAAUAAAUACACACAUGGUGCCUGACAGUGUUACAACACAA